AUGCCUCCAGCAAAAGUAGCAGAGACGAAUGUGGGAGAUGAUGGGGCUACUGUGAAGAGGAAGCGGGGCAGACCAAGGAAAUAUGGCCCCGGCGGGACGGUGACAAUGGCAAUGUCACAAAUGCCAGGUUCACCACCUGCUUCAGGGGACUGGAGUGUAGUCGUGACUCCAUCUACAGAUUAUACGCCCCAUGUCAUCACUGCCGAACCUGGUGAGGAUCUUACAUUCAAGAUUAUAUCAGUAGCUGAACAAGGGCCAAGAGCCAUUUGGAUUAUAUCUGCAAAUGGAGCAGUUUCCAAUGUUAGACUGCGUCGACCUGAUACUGAUGAGGGCAGUAUAACACUUGAGGGUGUAUUUGAGAUAGCUCAUUUAUCUGGAUCGUUUAUGUUCUACGACAAUCGAGGAACAAUGAGCGGCGGCUUGAGUGUCUCUCUGUCAGGUCCUAAUGGUUCUUGUAUAGGCGGAGCUGUUUGUGGAUCCUUGAUUGCUGCCGGUCAUGUCCAGGUCGUUGUUGGCAGUUUCAUACCUGGCAAGCCAGAUGUGUUACCAAAGGAGGUGACGAACCAAAACUCGGGUGAGCCACAACCAAACCUUGGAUCUUCGCCUCCUGGCCAAAGUGAAAACCGGGCACCUGCUUCCUAGGAUGGUUAACUAGUUUGAUUUUCCUCCUGUUGCUGUUGUAAGCAAAGGGAUUUGUUAUAGGAAUAAUUGGAACCAAUAUGCCUAUUUAUGACUGGGUUUGUGAUGGUUUUUCUUCAACUUUUAUUUAGUCUAGUUUCAUUUGCCC